AUGCGACCAGCUAAGCCAGGCUCUCCGCUACCCGCGCUCCUCUUGUUGGCGCUGGCUUUGUCCCCGCCGGGGACCCAGGGAAGGCCCCGGGGGCGCAGAGCAGCUCCUGUCGUCUCAGAGCCCAAACCGUUGCUUUUCCUCCCUGCAGCGGGGACGCGCCCGGCUCCUAGCGCCUCCAGGAGCUCAGAAAUAUUCCCAAGAGAUUUGAACUUAAAAGACAAAUUCAUAAAGCAUUUCACAGGGCCAGUCACAUUUUCAGCUGAAUGUAGCAAACAUUUCCAUAGACUGUAUCACAAUACCAGGGAUUGCUCAGUGCCAGCCUAUUACAAAAGAUGUGCCAGGUUGCUAACAAGAUUGGCAGUGAGUCCACUCUGCUCGCAGACCUAGAAAAUCUACCCUGGGAGCAUUUCUUAAGGAUACAAAUCCAGUUUGAAGAAAAAGUGCCUGGAAUCAUACUAAAUGUAAAAAGAGAUGAAAUUUCUACUUUGUGGAUAUUAACCUGAGUAAAAUAAGGGACCCUCAGAAAUAGCAGAUCACCUGUGUGCUACUAUAGAAUGGAAUCUUUCUUACUUUAUCUUUAUGGAAUAGUAAUUUAUAGUUUCUUAAAAGCAGAGUUUAAAUCACAUUUUGCAAAUCGAAUGUUAAAACUUAUGCUCUUCUAUUUUAUUUUUGCUAAGAAUAUUAUUUUCUCAUAUGAUUGACAUUCCAUAUGAACAUUAUGUGAAUCAUGUCUAAGAGUGCCAGUAAGCAGUGAUGCUUUUUGUGUAUGAUUUUUAAUAUGUUUGUCAACAUGUA